UAAUCUCUUUCAUCUGUGACCAUCUACAGAUACCAGAGUCUGUGCUGGAGUCAACAGCUAUGCACUACAACACCACCUGCACAUGGGGAAUAUGACAGAAGUUCUAUGCAAUUUCAGCUUGGAACAGUAUGCUUGUUCACAGCUGAAAGACUUCACUGCAGAACACCUGGUGUCUCUUCUGAAAUGUAAACUGCCCGGCAACUCCUCUCACUCUAAAGAGACCUGGAAGGUUCUCCUCACCAAACUGACCUCUGUCUUACACCAAGCUCUGGACAUGUUCUCCAAUAUGUCCAAACCUCUCAUUGGCCCAGCAGUAUCCCAAGUGCUGGAUGUGAUUGGAGAGAUCCGGGUCAACAGACUGACUGAGGAUCAGCUGAGAGACAGUGAUGUCAUCGGGAAGUGGUUCUCUGGGCGUCUGAGACUGUUCCUGCCGUCUGCAUCAGGAGGGUUUCUGCACUGCCUCAGCACCAAGAACCUCAGCUGUGACACGUAUCAACAGAUACUGAGGGAGUUCAGCAAUCAAUUCGACCAAAUGGACCAGAUGAGACAAGAGCUGGUGGUCAAAUACUUCAUCCAGCCCUUCCUGACCAAAAACUCCUCAGACUCUGGCUGUGUGUACAACUCCAACAGCAGUGUGGACUGGCUGCAGAAGAACCUGGGGCGGUUUUCAGUCCUGGUUUCCCUCAGCGACCUGUUGAAACUCAACACAGACUUCUCUCCUUUGUCAGCCCUGGAGGUUCUCUCUCCAAAGCAGACAGCAGAGCUGGUGGUGUUGCCUCUUCCUGGUCUUCCAGGGAAAGAUGUCAUCAUCAACACAGUGUUUGACUUCCUGUCUAAGUCACCAAAGGAGAGGAGACUCCCUGAGUUCCUGUACCACCUCUCCAGGCUGUCUGUGGUGACUCCAGUCGGCUGCUCGGUCUACCAGACCAUUUUUGUGAGGCUGUACCAAGCCAUGUCAGUGUUGCCUCAAGAGAUGGAGCCAAUCAUCUGGGCCAGUGUUUAUGACCUCACAGAAUCUGCACCAAUGGAUUGUGCUCUGGUACCAGUUAACCAACAGUGUCCAGUGUCAUCACACAAUGCAACAAGAGUCUGUGCCGCAGUUGACAGUUCAUCUCUACAACAGCUCUGGGACUCUGGGAUCUCAACGGGACGUCUAUGUGAUUUCAGCAUCAAACAAUACGCAUGCUCACAGCUGAAAGACCUCACAGCUGAGAACCUGGUCACACUGCUGAAAUGUAAACCAUCAGAGAAUAACACAGACUCCAAUGAGACCUGGAAGCUGUUCUUCACUAAAGCUUCUGCAGUUCUGGAUCAGGCUCUUGUACUUCUCUCCAACCAGUCUGAGCCUGUGAUUGGCCCAGCACUAUCCCAGGUGCUGGAUGUGAUUGGAGAGAUCAGGGUCAACAGACUGACUGAGGAUCAGCUGAGAGACAGUGAUGUCAUCAGGAAGUGGUUCUCUGGGCGUCUGAGACCGUUCCUGCUGUCUGCAUCAGGAGUGUUUCUGCACUGCCUCAGCACCAAGAACCUCAGCUGUGACUCUUACCAAGCUGUGGUGAAGGAGUUUGGGGCCCAGUUUGAUCACAUGACCCUAGAGCAGCAGCAGCUGGUUCUGAAGGAGCUGGUUGUCCCCUUCCUGUCUCGACCCAGAACAGACUCUGGCUGUGUGUCCAGCUCUAACAGCAGUGUGGACUGGCUGCAGAAGAACUUGGGGCCGUUUUCAGUCCUGGUGUCCCUCAGCGACCUGCUAGAACUCAACACAGACUUCUCUCCUUUGUCAUCCCUGGAGGUUCUCUCUCCAAAGCAGACAGCAGAGCUGGUGGUGUUGCCUCUUCCUGGUCCUCCAGGGAAAGAUGUCAUCAUCAACACAGUGUUUGACUUCCUGUCUCAGUCACCGAAGGAGAGGAAACUCCCUGAGUUCCUGUACCACCUCGUCAGGCUCUCUGAAGAGAUGCCGCUACCAUGCGAUAGCUUUAAGACCAUCUUUGAGCGUCUGUACCAGGCCUUACCGUCUGUACCUCCAGAGAUGGAACCAGUCAUUCAGGCCGUUAUAGACAACCUGAUGCAGACCGCUCCAGCAGAUUGCUUGCCGAUGAAUAUGAAGUGUCCAAUAACCCCAGCGAACGAUAGCAGAGUCUGUGAAGGAAAUGCCAGUGAUUCACUACAAAAUUAUCUGGCGACAUCAAAUACAGCGAACGUGCCCUGUAACUUUUCCCUGGAGGAGUAUGCCUGUGCAUCGCUGAAAGACUUCACUGCAGAACACCUGGUGUCUCUUCUGAAAUGUAAACUGCCCGGCAACUCCUCUCACUCUAAAGAGACCUGGAAGGUUCUCCUCACCAAACUGACCUCUGUCUUACACCAAGCUCUGGACAUGUUCUCCAAUAUGUCCAAACCUCUCAUUGGCCCAGCAGUAUCCCAGGUGCUGGAUGUGAUUGGAGAGAUCAGGGUCAACAGACUGACUGAGGAUCAGCUGAGAGACAGUGAUGUCAUCAGGAAGUGGUUCUCUGGGCGUCUGAGACCGUUCCUGCCGUCUGCAUCAGGAGUGUUUCUGCACUGCCUCAGCACCAAGAACCUCAGCUGUGACACGUAUCAACAGAUACUGAGGGAGUUCAGCAAUCAAUUCGACCAAAUGGACCAGAUGAGACAAGAGCUGGUGGUCAAAUACUUCAUCCAGCCCUUCCUGACCAAAAACUCAUCAGACUCUGGCUGUGUGUCCAGCUCUAACAGCAGUGUGGACUGGCUGCAGAAGAACCUGGGGCGGUUUUCAGUCCUGGUUUCCCUCAGCGACCUGUUGAAACUCAACACAGACUUCUCUCCUUUGUCAGCCCUGGAGGUUCUCUCUCCAAAGCAGACAGCAGAGCUGGUGGUGUUGCCUCUUCCUGGUCCUCCAGGGAAAGAUGUCAUCAUCAACACAGUGUUUGACUUCCUGUCUCAGUCACCAAAGGAGAGGAAACUCCCUGAGUUCCUGUACCACCUCUCCAGGCUGUCUGUGGUGACUCCAGUCGGCUGCUCGGUCUACCAGACCAUUUUUGUGAGGCUGUACCAAGCCAUGUCAGCGUUGCCUCAAGAGAUGGAGCCAAUCAUCUGGGCCAGUGUUUAUGACCUCACAGAAUCUGCACCAAUGGAUUGUGCUCUGGUACCAGUUAACCAACAGUGUCCAGUGUCAUCACACAAUGCAACAAGAGUUUGUGCCGCAGUUGACAGUUCAUCUCUACAACAGCUCUGGGACUCUGGGAUCUCAACGGGACGUCUAUGUGACUUCAGCAUCAAACAAUACGCCUGCUCACAGCUGAAAAACCUCACAGCUGAGAACCUGGUCACACUGCUGAAAUGUAAACUAUCAGAGAAUAACACAGACUCCAAAGAGACCUGGAAGCUGUUCUUCACUAAAGCUUCUGCAGUUCUGGAUCAGGCUCUUGUACUUCUCUCCAACCAGUCUGAGCCUGUGAUUGGCCCAGCACUAUCUCAGGUGCUGGAUGUGAUUGGAGAGAUCCGGGUCAACAGACUGACUGAGGAUCAGCUGAGAGACAGUGAUGUCAUCAGGAAGUGGUUCUCUGGGCGUCUGAGACCGUUUCUGCCGUCUGCAUCAGGAGGGUUUCUGCACUGCCUCAGCACCAAGAACCUCAGCUGUGACUCUUACCAAGCUGUGGUGAAGCAGUUUGGUGCCCAGUUUGAUCACAUGACCCUAGAGCAGCAGCAGCUGGUUCUGAAGGAGCUGGUUGUUCCCUUCCUGUCUCGAUCCACAACAGACUCUGGCUGUGUGUCCAGGUCUAACAGCAGUGUGGACUGGCUGCAGAAGAACUUGGGGCCGUUUUCAGUCCUGGUUUCCCUCAGCGACCUGUUGAAACUCAACACAGACUUCUCUCCUUUGUCAGCCCUGGAGGUUCUCUCUCCAAAGCAGACUGCAGAGCUGGUGGUGUUGCCUCUUCCUGGUCCUCCAGGGAAAGAUGUCAUCAUCAACACAGUGUUUGACUUCCUGUCUAAGUCACCGAAGGAGAGGAGACUUCCUGAGUUCCUGCAACAACUUGUCAGCCUGAUCAAACAGGUACAUCUCUCUGCUGGAAAUAUCUCUUGUGCCUCCUACAAGAUCAUGUAA